ACCCAUAAAAAGCAAGCACACACACACACACACUCUAAAAUCUAGUUUCUCUCUCUAAAAACCUGAACGCUGUUCUUCUCUCCUUCACGGCGACGGAGAUAACGAGGCAAACGGAGCAACCCCACUCACCAAUUCAACCUAAUUGCAGGAAAUUUUGGCAGAAAUCGAGGUCAGAAAAUAAACAGAGAAGUGAUUCGAUAAUCGGUGGAGUCAAGGCUGAAGAAGAAUCUCCUAAUUUUCAUCCUGUAUCAGUCUCGAAAAAUGGUGACGAGGAGAGUUGAUCUUCGAUCCGACACAGUCACAAAACCAACAGAGGCUAUGCGUGCUGCAAUGGCGAGUGCUGACGUGGACGAUGAUGUAUUGGGCCACGAUCCAACUGCUGCUCGUCUCGAAAAGGAGAUGGCGAAAAUAAUGGGCAAAGAAGCAGCACUGUUUGUACCCUCAGGUACAAUGGCUAAUCUCAUCUGUGUGCUCACUCACUGUCAGAUCAGGGGCAGUGAGGUAAUUCUCGGCGACUAUUCGCACAUCCAUAUUUACGAAAACGGAGGCAUUUCGACACUUGGUGGUGUUCAUCCAAGAACUGUGAAGAAUAACGAAGAUGGAACAAUGGAUAUUCAACUCAUUGAAGAGGCGAUAAGGGAUCCGAGCUUUGAGAUUUGUUAUCCGACUACUAGGCUCAUCUGCUUGGAAAAUUCACAUGCACACUCUGGUGGUCGAUGUUUGACUACAGAAUACACCGACCAAGUUGGGGAGCUGGCGAAGAAGUAUGGGUUGAAGCUUCACAUCGAUGGUGCUCGUAUUUUCAAUGCAUCUGUGGCUCUUGGAGUUCCAGUUCAUAGGCUUGUGCAGGCUGCUGAUACAGUAACAGCUUGUCUGUCGAAAGGUCUUGGUGCUCCUGCCGGAACUAUUAUUGCAGGUCCACGAGACUUCAUUUACAAGGCGAAGAUUCUUAGGAAGACAUUAGGUGGUGGUAUGAGACAGGUUGGUGUCAUAUGUGCCGCUGCUUUGGUUGCCCUCGAAGAAAAUGUUGCUAAGCUCGAAACUGAUCAUAAAAAAGCCAAGACUUUGGCAGAGGGAGUUAAUAAUAUCAAAGGAUUGAACGUUGACCUGGCUUCUGUCGAGACCAAUAUUGUCUAUUUUGAUAUUCAAGAGAGCUUGGGUAUCACAGAAGGCAAACUACUCAAAAAUCUUGAAGCGCAUGGAAUAUUUGCAAUGUCGGAAGGUCCACUCAAAAUUAGGCUCGUUAUUCACCAUCAGAUCUCAGAAACCGAUGUGCAGUACACUGUUUCUUGCAUCCAGAAAAUUGUCGGUGGCCUCGUCGGUGAAAAUGGUGGCAACUAGGCUUCGACGAUCAUGAUUUUAAGUUUUAAGUGUGUGAUAUUCAGUUAAACUAAAUUAUGUUUAAAUAAAUAAUGUGGUAAACUACAUAUGGAAACUGCAACUCUACCAACUGGCAACUUCUGCGUAAAAAAAUUGUGUUCGUCGUUUUAGCUGUCAUUACCAACUAAUGGCAACCAUUAAUUGUACUUGUUCAGCAUAUUCGUAAUUCAACUUAUUAGUACAUA